AUGGAGAAACCUGAUGACGGGUUUCCCAUGGGAAUGUUCCCCAAAGUCCUGGAGAGUCUGCUUAGAGAUCAGGUCAUAACAGAUAAACAGGGUUAUGGAACAGCAUUCAUAUUUAAGGAUGAACUGGAUGUUUUCACCUUCUCAGCGCAUUGUGGGAAAAACGUUCCUGUGAGAAAACAACAGUCACCUAGAUUUUGCAUUGAAGACAAAGAGCAUGUUUCGAAAGUCCAUGAACACCUCCCUUGGUUACAGGAAACACCUCGGCUGGAUAUAGUGCUCUAUACUUCUGGAGUGGAUCCACACUGGAAGGAUGAACUUGGAAGACUUUAUCUCACAGAUGAAGGACUUUACCAGAUGGAUCUUUUUGUUCUUCAGACAGUCAUUAAAAGGGGCAUUCCUGUGGCUACUGUCAUUGGAGGAGGCUAUUUCAGAGAUAUUGAUCAACUGGUGCACAGGCACUCAAUAAUUCACAGAGCUGCAUCAAAGGCAGGCAAUGCUUAA